AAUUUUUUAUGUCACUACCUAGUAAACAUUAACACGUGUUGCGUCUUUUAAACAUGUAUAAAAUGUAUUCGGAUACAUCCGUAAUGAUAUUUAUUCUGUAAAAGUUCAAGCAAAUCAAAUAUCUAAAUUUUGAAAUCCCAACUUGAGACCCAUUAGUCCUAUUCGAUAAGAAUAGUGUUUGUCUUCCGGUGUAUUGACCAAUCACAGAGCGAGAGCUGUCUUUUCUCUGGUGUGAUUGGUCGCAGUUGGAGAAACAGGAAGAGAUGAGAUGUCGCAUGGACGCAGCAUGGCUACUCUCAGGGCGAAGGAGAUGAGGAAUCGGAGGGAGAGCGGCUGCACUCCGAAGACCAUCUCCUUGCUGAGUCCCCUGGGGACGAUCCAAGUCAGCGGAUGUGAGAAUGGCGUGCACACCCUCCAGAUCCUAAUGGAUGUCGCACCUGCUGAAAGGAGCGGCGAGCCCCCCCCGAGCUGCCGCGUGGUCAGCGGCGCCCCGGCGGAAACCAACCCGGAGUUGCAGCGCUGCGUGCGAUGGCUCCAGGCGUACUUCGGCGAGCCGCGCGGCGCUGGGAGUCUCCCGCCGCCGCCGCCGCCCGCCUUUCACCACCCGGCCCUGAGAGCAGAUACCUUCACCAGCCGCGUGCUGCACGUCCUCCUGAGCCACGUGAAGACCGGGGAGACGGUCUCCUACAAGCGCCUGGCUGAGAUGGCGGGACAGCCCGGGGCGGCGCGGGCGGUGGGAGGAGCCAUGAGGAGGAACCCGAUCCCGCUCAUCAUCCCCUGCCACCGAGUGGUCUCCAGCAGCGGCCGCAGCGGCCCCUAUAUGGGCGGGCGGGGUGACCACCUCAAACUAUGGCUGCUGGCCCACGAGAGGCGGGCCCAGGAGGACGCAGCCAGGUGUGAAGAUUACACUUAAAUUCAUUGUUCUACUCUUACAAUAAACAUGCUGCAUUGCUAAUGUUAAAUAUGAAAUAUUCCACUUAAAUUCAUUGUUUCAAUCUAAGAAUAGAGAUGCUGCAUAGUUAAUAUGAAAUAUUCCACUUAAAUUCAUUGUUCUACUCUU